CGACGAUGGCUGAUCCUUACGAUUGCUCCGCCUUCUUCGACGAACUGAACGCCGCCAUUCCCGAUCAGCGCGCUCACCCGAGCGAGAAGCAGAAAUCCAUAUUACACCUGAAUGGCGUCCGCCCAUCCGAGUACAGUGACGGCUUCAACAAUCACGCGGAAAUGAACCAGUUCGUCACGUCCAAGAUCAAUGAUGGCAAAUCUGUCCAGGAGCGUACCGGAUCUCAGCCUAUGGACGGCGUGCUCAAAGAAAUCGUCGACGACUGGGAUGUACAUAUGGACUUGGACUUGCUGAGCAAGAAGGACUCGUACACGCUACUCAAGCGUCACAGCGGAGGAGCUAUGAUCAAGGACCUGUCGAAACUGUAUAGGGAGUUCGGCAUCUCCCCCGCGAAGCUGCGCCCGCUUAGCGAGAACAAGGCGACAGCGAUCGUCAAACAGCUCAGCGAGGCCCCGAAGCCCCCCCAAGGCAACUACGAGCCUCUCUUUGACAACAUAGAAGGUUCUAUCCGCGAGGACCGCGUGCAUCUGAGCUCGCGUCAGAAGCACAUGAUGAGUCUGAACGGCGUCAUGCCAGCGGAAUUCAGCGCCGGGUUCUCAGGGACAGGAGCUGCCCACACGUUCGUCGACGCGAAGAUGCAGCAGGCGCAGGCCUUCGCGGAAGAGCAUGGAACUCGUCCGGCCGACGGUGUUACCAAGGAGCUGCUGCUGCGCUGGGGAGUCAACUUCGAUCCGGCGACGCUGACGAAAGACGACAUGUACAAGCUGCUGCAGCGCACCAGCGGGGGCGCGCGCGUUAUACAGUAUCAAGAACUGGUACUCGACUUCGGCAUCGCACCUGAGAAGCUCCGUGUACUGAGCGAGGCAAAGGUAACUUCCUUCUGA